UUGUAGUUCGUGGUUAUCUAUACCUCCCACUUGAGAAAGUUCUUUCUGGUGCUCCGUGAACCCCUUUUUCUCUGUGGAUAUUCCCAAGCUCCCUGUUUUCUGCGAUGAGAGUGUGACUGUGUAACCCUGUGUGAGCAAAGCCACCCUCCGGGACCCAUGUGCAUCAUCUUCUUUAAGUUCGAUCCUCGCCCUGUUUCCAAAAAUGCGUACAGGCUCAUCCUGGCAUCCAACAGGGAUGAAUUCUACCACAGGCCAUCCAAGGUGGCAGAAUUCUGGGGCAGCAACAACGAGAUCCUCAGUGGGCUCGACAUGGAGGAAGGCAAGGAAGGAGGCACAUGGCUGGGCAUCAGCACUCGGGGGAAGCUGGCAGCGCUCACCAACUACCUGCAGCCGCGGCAGGACCCAGAUGCGAGGGGCCGAGGUGAACUGGUGACCCACUUUCUGACUGCAGACGUGGACAGUUUUUCCUACUUGAAGAAGGUCUCCACAGAGGGUCACCUGUACAACGGCUUCAACCUCUUAGCAGCCGACCUGAGCACAGAGAAGGGAGAUGUCUUCUGCUACUAUGGAAACCAGGGGGAGCCCGAACCCAUUGUCCUGGCGCCAGGGACCUAUGGGCUGAGCAAUGCGCUGCUGGACACGCCUUGGAGGAAGCUGUGCUUUGGGAAGCGGCUCUUCCUGGAGGCUGUGGAGCGGAGCCAGGCCCUCCCUAAGGAAGUCCUCGUGGCCCAGCUUCUGGACGUGCUCAACAACGAGGAGGCGCAGUUGCCAGACCCGGCCAUUGAGGACCAGGGCAGGGAGUAUGUGCAGCCCAUUCUGAGCAAGUAUGCGGCUGUGUGCGUGCGCUGCCCAGGCUACGGCACCAGAACCAACACGGUCAUCCUCGUGGACGUGGAUGGGCAUGUGACCUUCACAGAGCGCAGCAUGCUAGACAAAGACCCUUCCCGCUGGGAGACCAGGACCCACGAGUUUACGCUGCAGAGCUAAGACCUCCCCCUGAGCGCAGCCAGCAGGCUCCUGUAAGGCCCUGUCUUGAGGACUGGAUGGGAACCUUCCACAGCACAGGCACUGCCUGUGUGUGACUUGGCCAGCAUCUCUCAGCACCAGGGCCCUCUGAUUUGUGUGUGAUCUGUCUGUGUCCCAGUAUCCAGCUCGAAGUCCAUCCUUAUGCCAGUGGGAGUGGCAAUUCCCACACAGCCAGGUCAAAGGCAGGGCAAGGUGCAUUCACACAUGCACGGCACACCUGGCCCUGCCCCCUCCCCAUGCAUAGAUACACCCACGCAAGGCACAUGCUUACAUACAUGCCUACAGGUGUACAGGCACACAUGUACACCUGUGGUGCACACACACAGGCACAGGCAUGGGCAAUAGAUGUGUGCACAGUUGCUGGAACACACACACGC